GAGGGUGGCAGGGCCAAGAUGGCGGCGCCCUGUGGGUUAGAAGAGGCUUGAGCGGUAAACAGCCGAGGGGCGGAGGAGGAGGAAGAGGAAGGGUUCUGUGAUCAUGAAAAAAGCCAGAUUGCAUAGUGGUGGAAAGAAAGAAUCUACUUGGCAGCAUAGCAGUUUGACAGGAGCACCCAUGUAGAACUGGAAGCAAUUGUGCCUUGCACGAUCCCGCUGUCAUGCACGUUAGCACCUAGUGUGAAACAGGAUGUCUCAACAAGCAAAUAUUGGGGAUCUUCUCCCCAUGCUGGAUUCUCCAGUCCUGGCUGCCCUGGAAGAUAUAAUGGCUGCGUUUAGAGACAACCUCGCUUCAGAUCGUGGGCCGAUGCUUGUGAAUUCUUUAGUAGAUUACUAUUUGGAAACCAGCUCCCAGCAAGCUUUGCACAUCCUGACCACUCUUCAAGAACCACAUGACAAGCACCUUCUUGAUAAAAUCAAUGAAUACAUGAGCAAACCCGCUACCCGCCUCGCCACUCUUUCGCUGCUUGGUCAUGUGAUUAGACGCCAGCCGUCUUGGAAACAUAAGCUUUCUCAGGCCCCUGUUCUCCUUUCCCUCCUCAAGUGUCUCAAGACUGACACCGACGUUGUGGUCCUCACUACAGGGGUGCUAGUGUUAAUAACAUUGCUACCCAUGAUCCCUCAGUCUGGGAAGCAGUACCUUCAUGACUUUUUUGGCAUCUUCGGCCGCCUUUCAUCUUGGUACUUGAAGAACCCAGGCCAUGUGGCAGAGAUCUACCUGGUCCAUCUCCAUGCUAGCGUAUAUGCCCUCUUUCACCGCCUUUACGGAAUGUACCCUUGCAAUUUCGUCUCCUUUCUGCGCUCUCACUACAGUAUGAAGGAAAACCUGGAGACCUUUGAAGAGGUGGUCAAGCCAAUGAUGGGUCACGUCCGCAUCCAUCCGGAGCUGGUGACCGGGUCCAAGGAUCACGAGCUGGACCCUCGGAGGUGGAAGAGGCUAGAAACGCACGACGUCGUGAUUGAGUGUGCCAAAAUCUCCCUGGAUCCAGCAGAAGCAUCCUAUGAAGACGGCUACUGCUCGACCUCCCUGCAAGCCUGCGCCCACCUGUUGCAUCGCCCCGCCGACCCCGAUGCCAUCCCUUACGUUAUUCCCCACAAUAGCUUGGGAGCCUCUACUUCGACUCCUUAUUCUGCUUCUCGGCUAGCGCUCUCCCAGAUACCAGGACAGCUACCUCAGAUUUUGAACUUUCAGUCCUCAAGUUUGUCAGCGGAGCCUCAGCAGGCACCUUUCUGGAGUCCCUCUGCUGUUUGUGGCAUGACCACCCCCCCAACUUCCCCUGGCAUCGUUCUGGAGUCUUCGCAGACUUCUUCCCAGCCUUAUACUAAGUUCUUCAGCAUACCCGAUGACUUCGUUUCAAGUUCAGCCCCUUCAGCUACUGCUGCGCCUUUGAAGAAGGAGGAGAAAGCAGAUUCCGGGAGGCCUUCCCUGUCCCGACAGCAGAAUAUCAUAAACAGAACUUUGGACUCCCAAGGCAGUAAAAAUUCUGUAACUUUAAGCGAUCUUCCCAACAUCCUGGGUGACCUGGAGGCGUCUUGUGAAGACAGUGGAGAGAAAGACAGAGAGGAAGAUGCCAUCUCCAAUGAAAUCUCUGAGAUCACAGCGGCCGAUGCUGAGCCUGUAGUGCCUCGGGGAGGGUUCGAUUCUCCAUUCUACCAGUCCAGCGAGAGUCUCUCCGGCUCUCGGAAGUCCCAUUCGGUGGCUUCAACCGGCCCAGGGCAGCUCCCAAACGCUGAGCCCUUGACAUCUUUUCUGGACCAAUCCGGGCUCGAAGGCACACGGGAUACUUCAAAGCAAGCCUUCACACCCAUCGACUGGCCCUGCCGCGAUGCCGAGGAGAGUCCUGUGGGGCCCCAGGAAAAUUGGGCCUCCACCGAUCCAGGCAUUUUCACCCCCAGCCCUUGUAAAAUUCCUGCUCGCCAAAGGGCUGACAUUCGGAGUCAGCAGCUUCCAGGAUAUGAGCAUCUGUUUGAGGUGGCGUUGCCGAAGACCGCCUACCUUUUUGUCAGCCGGAAGACUGAAGAGCUGCUGAGAAGGGGCAAGGCAGGACCCGAGGAAGAUGGCUUUGUUUCCGCUUCCCCUUUGGAUGUGUUAGACAAGCUCCUUGAGCGUGGGGCAGAUGCUCACAGCCGAGAACUGAACAAGUUAUCCUUGCCAAGCCGAUCCGCUGAUUGGACUCACUUUGGAGGUUCUCCUCCUUCCGACGAGAUUCGCACCCUCCAGAAUCAGCUGCGCUUGCUGCAGAACCAGCUGCUGUACGAACGCUUCAAAAGGCAGCAACACGCUGUCCGGAACAGGCGCCUCCUGCGGAAAGUGAUCAGAGCUGCCGCCCUGGAGGAACACAACGCAGCCAUGAAAGACCAGCUGCGCCUCCAGGAGAAGGACGUCCAGUCCCUGAAGCUCAGCCUGCAGAAGGAGCAGGCCAAACACUGCAAGUUCCAGGAAGAAUAUGACAGCAUGGUGGCUCAGCUCCACAGUCAGAUCCGCCAGCUGCAGCACGAACGGGAGGAGUAUUACAACCAGAGCCAGGAGCUGAAGACCAAAUUGGAAGACUGCUCCAACGUGAUCCGAGACCUGCGGUCGGAGUUAAAAAAAGCCAGCAACAAGGUGUGCCACACGGAGUUGCUGCUGAGUCAAGUCUCUCAAAAGCUUUCUAACAGCGAGUCAGUCCAACAGCAGAUGGAGUUCUUGAACAGGCAGCUGCUGGUGCUAGGGGAGGUGAACGAGCUCUACUUGGAACAGCUUCAGAACAAGCACGCCGACACCACGAAGGAAGUGGAGAUCAUGCAGACGGCCUUCCGAAAAGAGCUGGAGAGAGCCAAAUCUUGCCUCCUGCAGCAGAGCCAGCAGGUGGAAGCCUCUCAGAACCGGAUUGCAGAACUGGAAUCUCAGCUCACAAAAAAGGAUCACCUCUUACUGGAGCAGAAGAAAUAUUUGGAGGACGUGAAAGUUCAAGCCAGGGGCCAGCUGCAAGCGGUGGAGAACCAGUACAGAGUGCAGAAACGGAUCACGCAGGCCUUUGAGUUGGACAUCUUGCACUUGUACAGUUGCCUGCAUGAUGACCAGUUGCAGAAAAAACAGGAGGAUGACAAAAUGGAAACGGCGGAAAUGGCUGACGAAAGGCUUUCGGGGGCGAAUGAAGGCGCUGCUCACUCCAUUGCCAAAUGCAGUGAAGAAAUGCUGGGCAGGAACGGGGAGGCCAACCCUUCCGGCGCGCAGGGUCCCAACAGCAGCAGCAGUAGCAGCAGCAGCAGCAAAGGCAACAGUGGUGGGUCCAGCCCGGAGAAGACCCUCAGCGACAGAGCCGGACAGUUCAACAGCUGCCGGGAAGCCUCUGCGCGACAAGAGCCUUCCAGCCGCAGCCGACUGACCGUGGGCUCCUUCCCGAGUUCAGAGAGCUUUCUGGGCAUGAAAGCUCGCGAACUGUUCCGCAACAAGAGCGAAAGCCAGUGCGACGAAGAUGGAGUGGCCAUCCACAGCCUCUGCAACACGUUGAAGACUGAAUUGUGCAAAGGGCCCCGCCUGGAGGCCAGGGGGCUGCCAGGGCCCCCGGAACCCCCUCCCCCUCCCCGGAAUCAGGAAAGCAGUGUUGAAUCGCUUCACAUAAUGGACUACAACGAAUCACAUCACGGUCACAGCUAAGCCGGGAGCACGGGGAAAAUCAGUGUUACUUUUCAUAAUCUCAGCAUAGGACAGGGAGAGGACAUGCGUUUAACUAAAAGCUUUCACGUUUUGUUCUAGACCCGCCGGCUCGUGCCACGGGAGCCGGACCGGUUUGUUUCGUUUGGGGUGGGUGGACUUGGCUGAGCAAAUGCAGAGCGGAUGUCAGGUCUGGAAGAGCUCGGUUGUCUCUUCCCCCUUUGCCCUCUUUCACACACACACACACACACACACCCUGCUUGUUCCUUGAGCUCUGGGGUUGUGAUGGCUGGGGGUUUUGAACCCCUCAUCUUCCCUUUUGUCUCUCUCUCAGAGCCUCAUCCAGUGAACUUCUGUGCAAUAGGAGGUUAGCAGAAUGAACCGGGGGUGUGCCUAGCUGAAAAACUCUGCCCCAUCUACCCUCAUUCAGGGUCAGUAGCCACCUUGGCCCCCUCCCCCCCCCCACGGGUGACUUGGGUGACGGUUCUCAUCCAAAGCAAGAUUUUAAAGGGCCCGAUUGCAAUUUUCUCCUCUGCUUUUGAGUCUCCCGGCUCCUUCCUCAACCCUGCUCAUCAGGACUCUGCUGGACUUUGCUCUGAUGAUGAUGUGGUUUGAAUCGUACCCAUUAGGAUUCUGAUCUGCAUUCUUCUCCUUCCUUUAAAAAAAGCAAAAAAAAAAAGGGGGGGUUAUCUCCCCCGCUCUUCACAUUUCUGCGCGUGGAUAGGUUGUUUUCGCAGCUGCUGCUCUGAGAAAUUUUGGAAGGUGUCCUGCAGAGUCCCCUAAUGUUCUCGAAACACUAUUUCUCUUUAUACCCGUUCUCUUUAGCUGCAUUUUUGCCCCCUAGUCUGAUAAGCUGAUACUGACCUGACUUGAGUUUGUGUCUCCUUUGUAAACGGAAAGGAAGACGCCGUCGUCUUGAGCGGGGAGGCUUUUAUAACAGAAGCAUGUAGAGAUUUCUGGUGAAAACCACGGAAAGGUUAAUUUUCUCCCCAUCGCCCAUCCCGCCCCCCUGCGUCUCCUCAAAACAGGAAGAAUCCCCUUCACCGGGUUUGGGUUCUGUCUGAAGAGAAAAAUGAGGUUUAUCCUUUUUUUUUUUUUUUUUUAUCCAACCUCUGGUUUCUUUGGUAACCAAGUAUAAGAUGCUUACGAUCCCUUGCUGAUAGCUGCCUGGUGUUCCAGUCUGGAAAACUGAAAUGCAUCAGCCUGAAGCAAUUGUGGCGUCUCUGAAGAGCAGAGCGUGUUUGAACCUCCAUCGGGAACGAGCGCGCGCACAUAGGUUGGGUCUGUGACAAUUCCCCCCCCUCUGUUCAGCAGAUCUUGAAAGGAGACACUUGCCAUCCCAAUGUAGUGUUUUUUUGAUACCAAAGUGGCCGUUUUGCGGUUGGAUGCUGAAAAGUCUUUCCCCUUUGCGUUGUGUGUCUUUCAAGUUGUGGAUCUUCUUAACUUUGGGUGGAAAGUGGGGCUGGGAGCUUGACUGCGGUCGAGGGGGGCUGUAUCGUUCUUAAAAUACAUCCUCUCUGCCCCUUCCGUUCCUGAAUGUUUUCUACCCCUGGGUUCUUAUCCCACCAGGGCAGCCUUUGGGGCCUUCCUAAUCAGAGAAAGCUGCUAAGAUACCCCGUGCCCAAAAUUGCCAUCUCUUUCUUCUCCUCCAGUGGUCCUUUGUACAUUUCUAAAACAAACCCUUUUUAAAAUAAUAAUAAUAGUAAUAAAUCUCUCCUUCAACCCUCGCUCAAGGUUUCUCUAAAGGCAUGGUGGGUUUGGACAGCUGUCGCUCAAGUUGAAAAGACACGGGAAGCGUGCAGUGGGAUUUAAUGAUGCUGUGUUCAGGUGAGGUCCCGGAACGGGUCGCAUGAUCUCAGAGUUAAAUGGAAGUUGCUGUUGUCUCUGGGUGAAAUUCCCAUUCCCUAAAGGAAGAGAACAAGCCCGCUAGAGGCCGGCCUCUUUCUUCCCCAUUCUACUCCUGAAAUUGGCUAAAAUUGGUCCUCCUCACUUAGUGGAACUGCGGUUCUCUGUUUGUAAAGCUAAUGCUGACAUUUGCAGUUCAACGAGAUCAGAGGUUUCCAAGAUUGUCUUAAUUCGAGCCUUUAUUGUACGGGGGCUUUCCAACUGGAAUAGCCCCCUGCCCACCUGAACAGUGGUGCAUCCACCUCUCCUUCUGGUGCGUAGACGGAUCGAUGGUGAAUUUUGCUCCCCGAUCCCUCUGUCGUCUUUCCACCUAAAGGGGAGCCAACCUCAUCUCCCAUUUUAGCUGCCCAGAUUUGGCGUAGUCCGGAAAUAUCUCGUCUUCAGAGGUAUUUCGGGAAUGAAGGAUGGGCCUGUUUGCCCUUAUCUGUGCAGACUGUCCUAUACUUACUGGAAGGAACUCUUUGGUUUUAGUGGUCAAAAUAUCCAACUUUAUCUAACCAUAGGGUUAGAACUGGUCCUUCGUUUGCUCUUAGAAAGGAUACGAGUGACCUUGGCAGUGAAUUAGUGGAAUUACCCGGCCCCAUUUUCCCGGCGGACCACAGAAAUGAUGGAGGAACAAAUCAUUGCCCCUUAUCAAGCAACUCUUUGAAUCAUGGAUGUAGCGUACAUAAUGAACUUCUUGUUUUCGUUUUGCCAUUUGUUGGGAGAAAGUCUUGUUAGUGAAGCUGGAAAUAAUCCUUUUCUUUUCUUUUUUUUCUUUUUAAAAGAAAAACUGACUGCUUUUAGUUAAAUCUAAAAAGAAAGAAACGAAGCUGUCAAGGGGUUAACGUUUCCUGCCUUGCUCUUUGUAAGCAUGAUUUAAAAAAGUAAUUGCCUUUUUUUUAAAAGGAGAAGAAAAAAAUGCCGCAAAGAUGAAAUGAUGCUACGAAAUGGUACAAUCGAAACUAAGCAAGAAAUUUCACAAGCAAAACCGAACGGAGGGUGUUUUGCUGUCCUUACUAGAAUAUUCUAAUACAUCAAGGCAGUUGCUUGUGUUUAACUGUGAACAAAUAAAAAAAAAACAUAUUGUUUUUCAUUCA